UUAAAAUAUUUCGAAAAACUACUCUAGAAUACAUUUUACUCAUCAUAUAUGGAACUGAUGCUCAGUACUGAACAAUUAAGUAGAUAAAGAAAUAAAUUGACAUCUCAGGCAUCCCCUAGUGUUUCUCUUAAUUUUUCAUUAUCCACUUAUGAGUCAAUCUCAGAAUUGUUUGCUAUGCUUUUCUUUCAAAAAAUCCAUUACUGAUCAGUUAUAAUCGACAUGGUCAUCUUGAACGAGGACUAGGAAUUGCGAUUGGGAGGUAUAAUCAGAAUUAAGGGUCAUAGUAGUCUAGGUGAACUAGUAGAAAUUAACAACUAGAGAAAAAACAGCUUUUUGGAAGAAUUAAAAAGCUUACUGAAUUGAACCUCGACAGAAUCUGAAAAACAAAAACAUACGGAAAUGAAAAUCAGUAUGUUUAUAAUCUACAUAAUAUAUUCUACAGCUCAUGAACGAUUUAUAAUGACUGUCUUUAAUUGAAUCACUGAUCGUCCUCAGAAGUAGCAGAGUUCAUAUUACACAAAUUCAGUGAUUGCCUUAAAAACUUUUUAUCACCAAAAUGGUAGGAUUGGAGCGCAUGAAUCGUCUUGGUCAAUUUAUCGAGAAACGACACGAAGCAAUAUUGAUUUCGUAUUUGAAAUGCUGCCCAUCUUUAUACCACGUGUGCUUUGAUCCGAUUGGGACACACACAAAGGCCAGAGCAUUAAUAGGAUUUUUUCUCGGAUUGACUCUGGGUGUUCUAUUCUAUGUAACGAUUAUACUCGAUCUCGCUUUUGACCCUUACACCACUCUUGGACUUGGAUUAAUUGUCAUUAUUAUGCUGUCGGCUGGUUGUGCCUCAUCAAUACAGGUGAGAUGUGUGUGUGUCCUGACGAUUCCAGCUUUUUUCGGUCGAGCGGGUCGAAGCAUGUUGAAAGCCCUGGUCCUGGGUUACGUAAUAGCAGGCCCAAUUUUUAACUUGACCUACAAUGGAAAAGAAGUGGUUCGGACCUUCGCUUGUACCACUCAGCUUACCUACAAUCUAACUAAGACUCGCUUUGAUCUGAUGUUCAAACCCGUCCAGCAGGCAAUAUUAAGCAUGAAAGAUAACGUGAACGAAGUAAAGGACACACUUGCGUCUGUCAGGGACCUGAUGGGACCAAUCGUGGAGGAAAUAGAAGGCGAAGAAGAAAUGAAAAGACUUAAGGAGGAGAAUGAUUAUCUCGACGAGCUGCAAGGAGACACCAAAAGAAGUGAAGAGAUUGAGCAAAAACAUGAGAAGGAAAUCGAAAAUGCUGAGAGUCAAGGACAAGUUUAUGAGGCCAAGUACCGGGAGAAAAUAGAAGCUAGGUGUGAAGAACAGCUAAGCAGAGGUUCUGAACGUUGCAGGGAAGGAUUUCGUGAUGCUUACAGCAAGUGCCGUUCUACGGUGACGUGGUUGGCUGCCUGGUUGUUAUGUUGGCCGAUGAAACUGACUUUUGUCUGCAAUAUAGUUCAAGCCCUCGGUGGCUCCAGUAUCUGCAAUCCCGAAGGAAAAAUUGAUGCUGGAAUCGGCGAAGGUUACGCAAGUCUGAAACACGCCCGAGAUGCCCUCAGUUCUGGAUUCAAGGACGCUCGUCUCCAAUACAAACUCAAAAACGCACCUCUAAUUCUGGAUGUCCGCGAUGCUGGAGAUACCGCCAAAGCUGUUUUUCAUGACUUCAACAUCCGCCGGCAUUUCUUUGAUUCUCUAAUGACCCUCCUCAAGCGCUGCCUAGCCUUUGUCUUCCUCAAAAUCAUCCUCAGUGCGCAAGACUACCAUGACCGUUAUCUCACUGACAUUGAGCAUGACAACCACUACGUGACAACUUACUUCCGUAAAAUUGACGCCCGUCGCAAGCACCGUGGUAGCGCUGUCAUAUUGCCCUUGAGGAAGGUCGAGCUUGAAAAGUUCGUUGACCCUUAUCGGCUGAAGCAAGGAAAAAUAGAGAAAAAAAAUUUGAUUGGCCAAACGGUUAAGCUUAUCCUGGAGAUGGUGACUGCCACAACUUUUGUUCUACUGGAUCGUCUCUUCUUCGAGACCCUGGAUCUUAUUCGGAGACACGGGCAUAUGGAGUACACUCAGUCAGGUCAUCAUGAUCUCAAUAUCGAUGUAAAGGGCACUGGAGUUAUCGCGUCGCUGAUAAGAAGUAUUGUGAAGGGGUUUAAUGUGAAAAAAAGAAUAAAAAUGGUGGUGUCCAAUGCCGCUUGUCUUCCUCGUCCCACUGAACUACCGAGUUUUAUUCACUUGAAAAUUUAUGGAACCUACACAGCCAUUUGGCUCAUGCUCUUCCUCGCCGCUUACACCCAACGCUUGAGGAGAUUGAUAUGUUCAUUUUUCUAUAGAAAGCGUGAGAAAAGACGUGUUUUAUAUCUUUAUAAUGAGACGUUGAGACGACGAUUGGGUUACUUCCGGUUUAUGAAAGUCAGGGUGAGAGCAUUAGUGCGAGCUAGUUUACUGGAGAAGGAUAUGGAUCCAUGGAUAGCGCUGAGGCUGAGGUCGCCAACGUGGUUUGGAUGGCUCCGAUUUUUUGCUUUUGCAAGAUUGAAGUGUUUGAUAUGCGGUGAACCGGAAGGUAGGAAGGAAACCUUUAGGAGAUGCGAGACUCCAGGCUGUGAAUUUAUUCAUUGUUGGGAAUGCUGGAGGGAUGUGGGAGAAAUUUGCUUGGCAUGCAUGCCAGGGGAGAGCGACGAUGAGGGGGAUUAUGAUACACAGGUGGAGUGAACAGGGAGGAGUAGAGACAGACGAAUGUCCUCAACGAAUGUUAUUUGAAUGGAUGCAAAUGGUUCGAUGAACAUUACGUGAAGGGUCCGUAAUUCAAGAGUCGAAAUAAAGGUGCGGUAAAAAUCACGAAGGGUCCAAUGAAAAUACG